GGACACCCGCGGCAGAAAUAUAUGAAAGGGCACAGCAACCUCCCUGCCUACCUGGUACCUACCUCGAGCUCUGGUUGGCGAAAGCGUUGGUGCGUGGGAAGAGGGCAUUGUAUGAUCUUGGGUAUAGAUGGGAAAAUCACAUAGGGCGUCGCGCGUAGAGACGUACGUACCCCAGACGUGACUGUGACUGGUGAGCGGGCAAUGGAUGAUGGCGUCCACCGGUGGCUAGAUGCACGCGAUGCGUGUCUUGGAAAAUGGCUUGCGACCUAUUUUCCCCUACUAUCUUCCCGAUCGGCGGUCCGUCCCGCCACACUGAUUGGCCCGAGAGCCACCAAAUGCUCGCUGCAUACAUGUAUAUCAUAUAUUUCCAUACCGAAGGCGAGGAAGAACCGUACCGCAGGAGCUAUGCACGGAAGCCGCAGAUGGAAGAAGAAGUGGUUGUGGCCUGUUGGGUUUGGCAAGGGGCGAGGAAGAAAGAAGGGGGAAGCAAAGCAGCUAAGCUUUCGGGGUUUCGUCUGGAACCGCAAAUCUUUCCCCGGUCGGCGACCCAGAAGAUCAGCUAACGCGGCUGUCGAAACGGCUGCGGUGGGGGUAGGGGAAUUGCUUCGGGAAUUUUGCUGGCUGGAUGAAUACUUUCUCCCGCAGUGCUGGGGGGGUGAUAGGUUUGACGGUAAGUUGUCGCCGAGUCACAAAAACCCUUGGGGCGAGAGAGAAAGGCUUUUUUCCUUGUUUGCGCGCCCGAAUAGCAACGGUGAGGUGCUAGGGGAGAACGUCACUGGAGAGAAGGACGCCGCUGGGAGAUUGAGAUUGGCUCGGCAUUGUGAUAUGGGAAGAUUCCAGGCGUGCUCGUCGCUGCGGGAUUGCUGCAAGGCGAUCCAGUCUGACGAAUGAGGUAUGCCGAGUGGGAACCGGCAUAAUGUGAAUUAUAGAUGAAAGGGAACUAUCGGGAGAUCCAUCUCCUCACUCAUCUUGACCUACGUGACAGGUCGCAACGGGG